GGCGGGCACGUGACCAGCUGCAGUGGCGGCGGACGGCGGGCCCAGUGAGCCGCGCGGCGACAGCGCCGACGGCUGGUAGGCCGCCCGUCAGUCCGCCGACGAUCCAGUGCCAGACAGUGCUCGCCGCCGCACGUGCUAGCGAUUGAGACUUUCAGCGGCUCCACGGACGGCAAGCUGCGCACCGAUACCCAAUCUGGUCAAGACACAAAUUUAUAAGCAAGAAGUAACAGCAACGUUGAUUAAACGCCGACAAUUUUCACAAGAGCCGCGCCUGGAACUGUUCCAGGUGAUACCGCGGAACUGACAGUGCUACCCCAGAACUGAUACAGGUUAUACCGCGGAACUAAUACAACUGAUACUGCAGAACUGAUACAGGUGAUACCGCGGAACUGAUUGAUACAGGUUAUACCGCAGAACUGAUACAGGUGAUAUUGCGGAACUGACGCACUUCGGCGUACGGAGUAUCAUUGCGGAACUGACAGGUGAUACCGCAGGACUGACACAGGUGAUACUGCGAAACUGGCAAGUGAUACCGCAGAACUGUCAGGUGAUACCCCAGAACUGACACAGCUGACACGGUGGACCUGACACGCCGGUAACGCUAUGCUCGAGGGUGAGCUUUUCUGCUUCCCGGCUAAGAGCUGCGUCUUGGUGCCGGAGCGGCCGGCCGGUGGCGCGGCGUCGAGCGGGCACGCCGCCGCCGGCUACGGCCACCCGCCGGCCGGCCAGCAGUGCUCGCCGUACCCGCCGGCCGGCUGCUGCACUGGGAGCCGGCUGGAGCGGUGCGCGCCCGAGCUGCCGCAGUAUGCCGCCGAGCUGGCGCAGUAUGCCACCGAGCUGGCGUCGGCCGGCGAGCGGUCGCCGCCGGCCAGCCAGCCGGUGCGGCGCCGGGCCGGCCGCCGGCGCCGCACCGAACCUCCAGCCCAGGAGGUGGUGCGGCGCCGGCGCACGGCCGCCAACGCCCGCGAGCGGCGCAGGAUGAACGGCCUCAACGACGCCUUCGAGCGCCUCAGGGAAGUGGUGCCCUGUCUGGGCAGCGACAAGAAGCUCUCCAAGUUUGAGACGCUCCAGAUGGCGCAGACCUACAUUUCGGCGCUGCAGGAGCUUCUCAGGAGGAACAGCUAGCCGGCUCGACUGUGCUGAGACCGGGGAGCAGCUAGCCGGCUCGGCUGUGCUGAGACCGGGGAGCAGCUAGCCGGCUCGACUGUGCUGAGACCGGGCAGCAGCUAUAGCCAGGGGCGGCGCGCCGCUGGGAAGCGCGCCGGCUCAUUGGUCUAUUUGCAUUGUACUGGUUAUAGAUGGGCUAAACAGUGAACAGGAAAUGAGUAAUUGUUUUGCGUGUUUCAAGUGCAAAUGGUUCAUAGCACGGCGCACGCGCUAGUUAGCCUGGCUUUAACUGAGCUCGCUCAGCUGCUACGUCAUACUAUGCGGCCGCUUGCUCAAUUUCGUUUUCGACUGAUUGUCACCAUUGCUCCAUUUACAAGGGUUCUACACUCUUAAUCACUCUGGGCUUCGGAAUAGUUUAUAAUUAUAUCGUAAUUCAUACUCGGGAAAAGAAGACAUUUAAGAGUAUGUAGAAGUGUGAUCCGAUGUUGCUGUGAUAAUGAAGUGUUGAAAUGAGCGGCUAAUUAGGUAUUUAUUGAAGAGCCUUUGAAAGAGCUCUUUUAGUAAUCAAUGCUUGCCUUUGCAAUUUGCAUAUUGUUAGUUAAUAUUUGUUUCAUACUGUUUAACUCCGUUCAAUACAUAUAAAA